GACCGACAAAAGUUGACUUCGAAAUCGCAGGUUACAAUUACAUGAUUCAAUUGGCCCGCCCAAAUCCCUCACACUUCUUCACCCUCAAAAAAUUUGAAUUUCACUUCUCUCUCUCUCUCUCCAAUCUAAACCCAAAGUAUUCAAAUCGAAGACGAAUCAACUUCGAUCCACCGAGUUCAGAUGGCAGCUAACACCGAUUUGGCUCCGUCAGUGCCUACAGCUUCUCCUCUCGGCUUGAAGAAUGAGAACGUGACCCCAAUUAAUUCUAAGAUUGCGGAAUUGAGUGAAUCACGGGCGGAACUGCUAAACAGAAUUCAAAGUUUGAAGAAUGAUCUUCAAAGUUGGAGGUCAAAGUUAGAUACUCAAGUUAAGAGCUACCGUGAUGAGCUCUCAGACCUUAAAAAAACCCUCAAUGUGGAAGUGGAUCAGCUUCGAUCCGAAUUUAAAGAGCUAAGAACUACUCUACAACAGCAACAAGAUGACGUAACUGUUAGUUUAAAGAACUUGGGGCUGCAGGAUGUUGCAGGAGACGUUAAAGAUACCAAAAGUUCAACGAUCGAAGAUGAGACCAUGUAAAAGAAACUUGGAACAAAGUUUGCAGUUAGAGGUCAUAUACUUGAUCUUCUUUACCUAUCAAUAUCAUGUGUCAAUUUUGUGUUGCCUGAAAAACAUGGUGGUAUUAUAAGUCAUGCUAAAUGAUUUUAAACAUCUCCCAAAUUUAUUUAUGGAUCUUCUGAUGCAAGAAUUGUUUUCCGUCUGGACGAGUUAUUUAACGGUCAUGGUUCCGUUGCAAUUUAA